AACAACGCGGGUCCUAAUGGAUAUAUCCACCUCAAAAUAUCAUGUGAUCGGAAUGCAGCUUUAAGCCGAGGUUUAUUGGAAGGUUAUAACUCUCGGAAUCUCGAGCAGAUUUAUCGUCGAAAACGCCAUCAUGCUACUGCGAUUUGUCAGUCAAGGAAUCUAAUCCAGUCACUAGGAGGAAAAUUCGCUUGCGAACAUGAAUCGUCCAUUUAGCUGAAGAGACAGAAUUUUUGAAGCUUGCUCCACCAACACCCAACACUACACAAGGUUCAUCUUUAUAAAGGCUCUCAACACCAGCUAAUAUUUCACUACUUUAUCAUUUUGGAGGAAUUCUCCUUUACAUGCUAAUCUCGAACAGCCCUAAUUCAUCCCCCCGGCCAUCGCGCGUUCCCCUCUGCGCCUUCUUUUAACAUGACUUCUCCCCUCUUCACCAUCCAGACAGCGGAGGGUGUCCUAACAUGCACCCAGCCGCAGGAUGCUGUGUACCUGCUAACCUUCAACUUUGCGCCGGAUAACCGGUUGACGGAGGAUUUCUGUCAGGCUAUGCUCCUCUCCCUGGACAUAAUCCAGUUCAAAUACCCGCCAGGAGUUGUAAUUACCACCUCCGCCAUCCAGAAGUUCUACAGCAAUGGCCUUGAUCUCCAAAAGGCCGUGACGACCAAGGGCUUCUUUGAAAACAACCUCUUCGCCCUUUUCAAGCGCCUGUUAACUUACCCUCUCCCCACUGUUGCUCUAAUAAAUGGCCACGCUUUCGCGGGCGGUUUCAUGACAGCCAUGUACCAUGACUACCGCAUCUUCAACUCCUCACGCGGCUUCCUCUGUCUAAACGAGGUCCAUUUCGGAGCCCCCCUGAAACCCGCCAUGUGCUCUAUCUUCCGAGAAAAAAUUGCAAAUCCGGCAAUAUUCAGGACAAUAGUACAAGAGGGAUACCGCUUUAGUGGCAGGGAGGCACUUGAACAUAGCAUUGUCGAUGCUCUUGGUGGCGUCGACGUGGCGCUGGCGUUAAUUGAGAAGAAAAAGCUGACGAAGUUGCCCAUUUCUGGGGUUUUUGGUCAGUUGAGGAGGGAGAUGUACAGGGAGACCUAUGAGCUUUUGGAGACGUGCGGAGGUGAUACAGCGGAGGCGGAGAAAGAGGCGGAGAAGGAGUUGAAAGUGAACGAGAGUGGAUUGAAGCGGGUGGAGGAAUGGCAGCGGCGGGGAGGGAAAGCGGCGAAGCUGUAA